CAAAAACGAUGAUUUAUGUACACCUGAUAAUAGUAUUAUUGUUGAAUACUUUUAUAAUUGUCACUAAAUGUGAAGAUCCAGUAAUAACAUUACCCUAUGGACAAAUCCGAGGAGUAUAUACCAAAACGAUACGAUACCGAAAACCAUUUUAUGCUUUUUUGCAAGUGCCUUAUGCCGCACCUCCUGUGGGUAACCUCAGGUUUAUGCCUCCUCAACCUGCAAAACCGUGGACUGGUAUCUUAGAUACUAAACAAAAUAACAAAGAAUGUCAUCAAGUAGGAAAAACGUCACCUCACAUAAGUGAAGAUUGUUUGUACCUUAACGUAUAUACACCAGUGGCCCCAGGCACAAAUUCUAAUUUACCUGUAUUGGUUUACAUCUAUGGUGGAGCCUUUAUACAUGGAUCUCUUUGGUUCGGAACAUUACAACCACAAAAUCCUAUCGAAAAAGACGUUGUAGUGGUACUAUUUAAUUACAGAAUAGGGCCUUUAGGAUUUCUGUCAACUGAAGAUGAUGUUAUAGAAGGAAAUAUGGGACUAAAGGACCAAUUAUUUGUUUUAAAAUGGGUGAACGAAAAUAUACACCUAUUUGGUGGAGAUUUUAAUAAAGUAACUAUAAUGGGACAGAGUGCAGGAGCAGCUUCAGUAACCUAUCAUAUUUUAAGUCCGCAAUCUAAAGGUUUAUUCAGAGCAGCUGUAGCUGAAAGUGCUUCGGCACUAUGUACCUGGGCCUACCAAAGGAACGCGAAACAAACAGCUUAUGGGCUAGCUUUAGAGAUAGAUCCCAAUUUUGGAACGAAUCGAUCAUCUGCCGAUCUGCUUGAGUUUUUGCAAAGUGUUGAUGUUAGUAAGAUAGAUGGUACUGCAGAUAAAUACAAUGAAUUCGCACCUGUUAUAGAAACCCGUCAUUCUGAUGCUUUUAUUACAGAACCAAUGUAUGAAACAAUUAAAGGCGGUAAUAUUAAUAAAGUUCCACUGCUUAUUGGAUAUUGUUCAGAAGAACAGAUUCUCCACGCGAACGAUAUGGCGAAUUGGAAAAAGUAUAUUGAGAGACAUUAUCGCGAUCCUAAAAAACUGGUUAAUCAAGAUAUGAACGUGCAGGAUUUGGAAAAAUACGAAACUAUUGGAAAGCAAAUUCAAAACAUCUAUACAACUGGCUCAUUGGCCGAUGAGCCUGGAAAAGCAAUUCAGUUCAGCAGUGACGACACUUACAUUCGACCUGUAAUACGUUUUGCAGAACUGCAGUCCUGGCUUACCGAUGUAUUUUUAUACCAGUUUUCGUAUCAUGGUAUAAUAGGUAAUAAUAAUGCAACAGUUGAUGGAGUUCCAGGUAGAGUUGCACACGCAGAAGAUGUGAGAUAUUUUUGGACGUAUUUCAAAAACUACAGUGAAUUUCCCAAAGAAGAUGUCACAACUGUAGAUCGAUAUUUAGGAUUGAUAACUAAUUUUAUUAAAUAUCUGAAUCCUACUCCACAAAACGAAGAAAUUUUUGAAAAUGUCCUGUGGCCCAAGUUAACUAGCACUGAGAUGUAUUAUUUGGAUAUUGAUAAGAAUUUAACUGUAAAACAACAUCCAAGGGAGUUUUCUUACCAGAAAUGGGUUGAUAUAUACAAUGAAUAUGCUACUGGGACACAAAUAACUUAUUAAAUUAUUUUAAAUAAAUAAAAUUUCAGAAGUA